AUGGUUAAUGUACAGGGAUUAUUGAAGAAAUAUAAUUAAUGUAGGGUCGGGUCUGCAUAGUUACCAUUUUAGAACGGUGGGGAGGGAGAAAAGAGAGAGUAGGAGGUAGGAAAGAGGAGAAGAGGAAGGAAGAGGGAUAGUAGAGGGAGAAGGAAGGUGUAGGGUGGAGGGAGGAGUGGAUGUAGAUAAGAGAAGGAGAGGAAGGUUUGGAAAGUAAAAGAAGGUAGAAGAGGGAAGAGUGUUAAGAAGGGUGGUGGUGACUGGGCAAGCCCGACUAAUUGUAUAUAACUGUACAUUGGAUGAAUUAUUUGAUAUGAUUGUAAAAAUAAAACUUUUUAUAAAAAAAAAAAAAAAAAAAGUUGGUGAGUUAUUUCAUUUUGGAUUGUAGUUGACAAAUCUUUCAGAUGUGUGAUCAGUAUAGAUUUUUUCAUUUGAGGUUUGCACCAGAAGGAACUCAGAUGAAAGAAAUAGCUUCUGAAAAUCCAGCAAGUAUAAAAAUCCAACUAAAACCUUUCUUGUGCCAUUGUGACUUUGUCCCUCAGUGCCAAUGGAGGUAAUUUAAGAAUAAAAAGCUUUGUCAAUAUUGUAUCAAGCCCCUAGGCCUCAUAUGCUGCUCACCACUGUGUUUCAUUCUGCAUAUUGGCAAAUUUGGGGAUGGGGGAUGGGUGUUUGAAGGAUUUCUGCCUGUCUCUCUCCUCAUAUACAUAAGAAGGAUUUCUGCCUGUCUCUCUCCUCAUAUACAUGGUUAUACAAACCUUUUCUUUGUACAAUGUUUUUGCCAGUGUCUCUCAGAUAUUAAGGCUCUUUUGACCAGAUAAUACUCACUGGUGAAUUUCUGCAUCCUUAAAAGAUACUGUAAAUUUGAUUUUUAAAGUGUAUGAUAUUUGUAGUAUGCAGCAAAAAAGUGUUUGGUAUAUGAAUUUUUGAAAAAAUAAUAAUGUGUUAAGACACCAGAUGAUUUGGAAUUAUAGUUUUGAAUCAUUUAGAAGAUAUUUGCAUAUGGAAAAAUGAUAAUUACCUUUUUUUUUUUUUUGAUAAGGUGAUGCUGAAGGCUGGAUACCAAAAGCAUAUGAUAAAAAAAACGGAGCAGAAAUCUUUCACACAAACUUUGAAAUACCUUUCAGCCAAGUUCCUGGACAGACUGGAUGAAACACUUGAUCAGAUUGAUAGAACAUAGUUUAAUGAAGGUGUAAAGCAAGAGUGAGCAAAGGAUGAUAAAAUUAUGUCUUACCCAUUUUCUCCUCAGGUAUUUUUUUGGCUAAUGGUGAACACUGGAAAGUGAUGCGACGGUUUACAUUAUCCACAUUACGGGAUUAUGGAAUGGGCAAGAGGACCAUUGAGGACAAAAUCACAGAAGAGUGCAGUGUCUUAACAAAGACAAUGGAGACUUAUGCAGGAAAACCCUUUGAUGUCACAAGAAUUCUCACUGCUGCUGUUGCCAACAUCAUAGUUUCUAUUCUACUUGGGAAACGCUAUGAAUAUGAAGAUGUCACAUUUUUACAAGUGCUGAAGAUAAUUAGGGAAAAUAGUCAGCUUGCGGGAAGCCCUGCUGUGUUGCUAUAUAAUUUGUUUCCCAAGUUGGGGUUCUUUUUGGGUGCUCGUAAAACAAUAAUGAGGAACCAAAAGGAGUUCCAUGAUUUCAUGCGGUCCACCUUCAUAGAAUAUCUCCAAGACCUUGAUGACAAUGAUCAGAGGAAUUUUAUUGAAUCAUUUCUUGUUCGGCAAAAACAGGAGAAUAUGAAGAUGACGCAUGAUGGAUAUUUCCAUAAUGGAAACCUUAUAGGUCUUGUAGAUGAUUUAUUUGGUGCUGGAACAGACACAACAGCAAGCACUCUGCGCUGGGCCAUACUCCUAAUGAUGAAAUACCCAGAAAUUCAGAGUAACGUCCAAGCAGAAAUUGCAAGAGAGAUUGGUGAUAUUCAACCAAGGACUGACCACCGAGUCAAAAUGCCUUACACCGAUGCUGUAGUUCAUGAAUUGCAAAGAUUUGCUAAUAUUGUUCCCUCCAAUAUGCCUCAUGCAACCUCCAUGGAUAUAACUUUCAAAGGCUUCUUUAUCCCCAAGGGCACACCCAUCAUUCCCUUGCUGACUUCUGUGCUCUUUGAUGAAUCUCAGUGGGAGAAACCACAUAAAUUCUACCCUGAACAUUUUCUUGACUCUGAAGGAAAAUUUGUGAAGAAGGAUGCAUUCAUGCCAUUUUCUGCUGGUCGGAGAGUAUGUGCAGGUGAGAACCUGGCCAAAAUGGAGCUUUUCCUCUUCUUUACCAGCCUAUUGCAGAAAUUUACCUUCCAGCCACCCCCAGGAACAUCUAAAGAUGAUCUGGACCUGACCCCUGGUGUUGGAUUUAUCUCCACUCCUCUGCCGUACAAGACUUGUGCUGUGUUACGCUGAUCUGACAGAAAAAAAUAUAACAAGUUGUUUUCUCAGUCUUGAAUUGCCUUCAUUUUGAGAGGCACAAUUUAACAAAGAAUCCAGUAUUGUCUAAGUUUCAUGUGUUGUUUAGAAGAUGAAUGGUAAUAACCUAUAAAUUCAUGAAAUGUAGAUUCUGAUAGGAAAGAAUAUAUUCAGGAAAUUCUGAUCAAAAUAUUAACUCUGAUAAGAAAUAAGAUUCAGCAACAUUCAAGAACUUCCUUUUUCUUGGAAAGGAGCUGUAAUUGCUAUCUAACAGGAGGAAUGUCUCAACUUGUCCAAAACCAUAUUAACCCAUCUCAUUACAUAAUAUAGAUAAUAAAGUCUUUACCACAAAAAAUCAGGGUCGAGUUAUCAAUACGGUAAGUGGGAGAGGCAGAUAUGACGGAAUGGGGGGGCCACAUCAGGUUUCGGGGGUUUGCUCUCGCUGUUUAAGAGUGAUUGCGUGCUCCGGCCCCCCAGGAUUUUCCCGUUCCCCGAGUGGCCAGAGUACUUGGGACUUGGGCCUUCGGCUGAUGUUAUGUAAUGCUAUGUCCGUGGUUAACAAAGCCCCCCUAAUUUCAGAUCUAAUUCAGGAAGGGACCGCGGACGUUAUGGGCAUUACGGAAACCUGGUUGGGCACCAAAGGGGGGGUUCCCCUAGUGGAGAUGUGCCCACCAGGUUUCCGAGCAUUCCAUCAGCUGAGGGUCCAGGGCAGGGGUGGUGGGGUGCCGGUUAUUAUUAAGGAGAGUCUUGAGCCGAGGGAGACCACUGUGCCUCAGAUAGCUGGGUGUGAAUCCCUCUACGUGAAGUGGGGUCGUAGGACUCAAGUGGGCUUGCUGAUCAUGUACCUGGCUCCUUGCUGCGUGACAACAGCCCUGCCCGAGCUGUUGGAGUUGCUGGCCGGGUUGGCAGUUGAAACCCCUAGACUGUUGGUCAUGGGGGAUUUCAAUCUGCCAUCAACCGGCGCAGCAUCCUCAGCGGCUCAGGAGUUCAUGGCUUCCAUGACGGCCAUGGACCUGAUUCAAUUAGUUGACGGCCCUACCCACGUUGGAGGAGGCACCCUAGACUUGAUUUUUAUCUCUGGCCAGUGGUUGAAUGAUCUGAUUUUAAAUGAUUUAAUGAUUUAAUGAUGGUGAUUUUAAAUGAUUUAAUGAUGUUGAACCUUUGUCAUGGUCAGAUCAUUUUCUCCUUCGUCUGGACUUUCUGACCACUACCCACCACUGCAGGGAGACGGAACCAAUGCGUUGGUUCCGUCCCAGGCGCCUGAUGGACCCAGAGAGGUUUCUGACGGAGCUUGGGCCAUUUCCCGAGAAUCUGGCCCAUGACACAACUGAAGAACUAGUCGCGGCCUGGGAACAGGCCGCAACUGGAGCUUUGGACCGUGUUGUGCCUUUGCGGCCUCUGACCCAGCGUCGGUCUCAACCAGCUCCUUGGUUCUCCGAGGAGCUGAGGGAGAUGAAACACCAGAGAAGACGCCUAGAGAGUGUCUGGAGAUCCAGCCGUUCUGAGGCUGACCGGAUACUAGUUAGGUCCUAUAGCAGGACCUACCUAGUGGCAUUGAGGGAUGCGAAACGUUCCUACGUUUCCUCCCUCAUUGCGUCGGCAGAUAACCGCCCGGCCGCCCUGUUUCGGGUGACCCGCUCUCUCCUUCAACAGGAGGGGCGGGAGGACCCCUUACAAGGGUGUGCCGAGGAGUUUAACGGUUAUCUAUACAAUAAAAUCGUUCAGCUUCGGGACGGAUUGGAUCAAAAUUGGGUAGAUCCAGGCGAGAGUUCCGAGACCCAUCUUGUUGAGGUUGUUUGGGAUAACUUUGACCCUGUGACUCCCGAGGACAUGGACAGGUUGCUGGGUAGGUUGAAUGCCACCACAUGUUUACUGGAUCCGUGCCCCUCCUGGUUGGUGCUGGCCACGCAGGAGGUGACACGAGGCUGGCUCCGGGGGAUUACAAAUGCUUCUUUGCAGGAGGGGGUCUUUCCCGCUGCCUUGAAAGAGGCGGUGGUGAGACCUCUCCUCAAGAAGCCUUCCCUGGACCCAGCUGUUUUAGGAAAUUACCGCCCAGUCUCCAACCUUCACUUUACGGCGAAGGUUGUAGAGAGUGCGGUGGCAUGUCAGCUACCCCAGUACCUGGAUGAAACUGUCUAUCUAGACCCGUUCCAGUCCGGCUUUCGGCCCGGAUACAGUACGGAGACGGCUUUGGUCGCGUUGGUGGAUGAUCUCUGGAGGGCCAGGGAUAAGGGUUACUCCUCUGCCCUGGUCCUAUUAGACCUCUCAGCGGCCCUGGUCCUAUUAGACCCUGCUGCGCCGGUUGGAGGGGUUGGGAGUGGGAGGCACCGUUUAUCGGUGGUUCUCCACCUACCUCUCUGAUUGGAC